AUGAUGUCAUUAAUUUUUUAUGGUCUUCUCCCUUUGGCUUUGUCCCAAUUGAGCAGUGUGAAUUGCUUGUUUGAAUAGUAGUUUGAUAUCGAUACUUAUGAGGAUCUAGUUGACAAGGCAAAGUUUGGAAAUGGGUCGAUUGAUGUGAUACAAACAACUAAGAAACUGAUAUUAUUGGAUUCAGAUCUCAACAUUCUCAACUCCACACUUGGCCCCAAAACUACUGGCUAUUCUUGUAAUAGAGUGAUGGGUUAUCCAUUGGGAAAUAUCUUUUUUGUUGGUUGUCAAUAGAAUGGAUCCGUGGCCUACUUGCAAGGCUAUUAAUGCAAUGGAUUGAACUGCAAUUCCUUUGGAGACAUAGUGUAUAUUCCUCUUGGAGUCUAAUUGUUUGACAAGGCUGUAGUGAUUGGAAACACCCUAGUAAUGUUAUAAACUGACAGAGUCAUAUUCUACACCGUAGUAGUUCAAGCUACGUCGUGGUAUUUAAGGACGACAUCUUAUGUUUUUGAUAAAUCCUACUUUAAUAAAACUAGUUUGUACUUAACAGAUUUUGAUAUCAAAUCAUAUUACAUGGACUCCUAGUUAGUCUACAGGAUAUUGAUGACGGAUAGAAAUGAUGGUGUUCUCUGGGUCGAUUCGAUUUUCAGAACAAACAACUUGGUUCCUUAUAGUUAAGGCUCUAUUUUGUUAAGACAAACAAUCACAAAUCUCAAAACAACAACAAAAUUUAAAAGUGCAGCUAUUUUGAAUGCCAGUGAAAAUUCAACUGAGUUUGUUGUGUCAACAGACUUGGAGGAUAAUUACUAGUUAUUUUAUCAAUCAAAUAAGACAAUCUUAGAAUCUGUGUUGAAUAGGUACAAAGAUUGGACUCCAAUAAGUUAUAUUACUCUAAAGGGAAAUGCCGUGGCCAUUCCAUAUUAAAAUUCUUAAGGGACAAUCGUUACUCCUCUCUACAAGGUUAAGUAAUUCUCCGAAUCAAGUGAUUUGAUUUAACUCUAAUAAGAAUACACAGAUUUGCUCUUUUCUAGUUCAUUAAAACACUUUUUGAUUUAUUUUGUGGAAGGUGACUACGUUAUCUACAAAAGCGACACUGAUUCCUUUACAAAAUGUAAGUUGGGCCAGUAUAAUAAUAUCAAUUAGUGAUUAUUAUUAAGUUGUAAC